AUGUGUAUCAUCAAGACCGAAACUCAACACUUUGUCGCUUUCCCAGACGGCGCAGCCAUAGGGCAAGUUAAUGCUCAGUUGGACCAAGUACUAACGAGCAUCGCCGAACAAGGCUACGAUCUUGACUUCGAAGUCUUUGUCCCAACAAAAGCUAUUCAAGAGACUUUGAGCCGCGCUGAAAGAGCGACUGAAGCCGUAGUUCGUGUGCAAGUGAACGUAUAUGGCCCACCGACAGCUGCUCACAACAUCGGUAGGGAGCUAUCGCAGCAAAAUCUCUACCUCCAGCAUCCCGCACACAUUUCAUUUCUCAACAUCGGAGACGGCAAUCCCAGCGGAAGAGACCGUACUGGAAAAGCCCAGCAUCCAGACACUGAAAAACAUCAGAAGGCAGCACUUGACUUUAUGAUGCAGCGCGAAGAUGGACCGAUACCGGAGGAAUACGCGCUUUGGAAGUCAACCGACGAGGAAGGAAUGCAGUGGUAUGUACGUAAUGAACUAGUUUGCUUGCUGUCGCUGAUGCAGUUAAAAGCUACCGUCAUGUCGUCACACAAGCACAUUGUGGGUUUCCUCUCCGUAGAUCACGAGCUUCCAGGCAUACUGAACACAUUCGUAGGUAUGGUGGAGCCCGACGAGACAGGCGGUGGUAUUCUCGCAGACGAGAUGGGGAUGGGAAAAGCUCUUUCUACAUCAGCCCUCGUGUUACGAAUGCUGGGCGCUGCUCAUGAAAGGGCUAUGCAAGUUGAAGCUGCUGACGAUGGCACAUCGGAAAUGCGAAGAGGCAGACAUCGCUCUGGCGCUACCUUGAUUGUUGCAUCCUCGGACUGUACGUAUAUCACGAAUUUAUUCCAGGUUCAAACUUCUGAGAGUGGUGGUGCAGUGAUGAUCAACGAAUGGUUUCAGGAACUGGAGAAGUGA